ACUUUUUUGAGGGCUAACAUUGUUAGAAUUUGUAAGUGAAAUGUACAGUGACCAUCUCUUUCGGGCCCCUUAAGUUCUUAACAGCUCUUUAGCUCGCUCGUCUGCUUCUCUCCCACCCGCUUCUUUACUUCCUCGCCUCCAUGGCCGCCGCUCUCCUCCCUCCUCCCUCCCCGGCACCCUAACCCUAACCCUAACCCUAGCUCCUCCGUCCCCCCAUUAAUGGCGGCCACUCCCUCUCCCUCUCCCUCUCCCUCUCCUGCGCCGCCAUCGCCGGAGGAGGCGGAGCUCGUCGCCGCGGUGUCCUCGGCGCUGCUCGCGGCGCAAUCCCCUUCGUCCCCGCCGCUGAACCAGGUGCUAUCCCCCUUCCUCCCCCGCCUCUCCCUCUCUCCCUCCCUCCUCCCUUCCAUCGUCUCCCUCGCCGCCUCCUCCCCCUCCCUCUCCAACCCCUCCCCGCUCCUCCGCUUCUUCCGCCUCCUCUGCCUCCCCUCCGACCCCUCCUCCGUCUCCCUCCCCUCCCUCCUCCACCUCCUCCCCACUCUCCUCCGCCUCCGCCGCUUCUCCGACGCCCGCUCCCUCCUCCUCUCCUUCGUCCCCCUCGACCGCCGCCGUCUCCUCCACCGCCACCUCCUCCACCCCCAUUCCCCUCCCUCCCGAUCCCUCCUCGACAUCGCGGUCUCCGCCUACGCCGCCCUCGGCCUCCCCCACCUCGCCGCCCAGCUCUUCCACUCCAUGCGCCGUCGACGCCUCCGCCCCUCGCUCCUCACCUCCAACACCCUCCUCGCCGCCCUCGCCCGCUCCCCUGCCGCCGCAUCCUCCCCCGCCGCCCCGCUCGCCGUCUACGCCGACAUGCUCGCUCUCGGCGUCACCCCCACCAUCCGCACCUUCAACAUCCUCGCCAAGGUCCACUGCUCCCGCGGCCGCUUCGCCGACGCCCUCGCCCUCCUCCCCGCCAUGGCCGGCUUCGGCUGCUCCCCCGACGCCGUCACCUUCAACACCAUCCUCGACGGGUACUGCCGCCGCGGCAUGCUACGCGAGGCCCGCGCCCUCCUCGCCGACAUGAAGGCCCGCGGCGUCCCCCCCAAUCGCGCCACCUACAACACCCUCGUCGCCGCCUACUCCCGCCUCGGGUGGCUGAAGGAGGCCACCAGGGCGCUCGACCUCAUGACGACGUCGGGGUUCGUCCCCGACGUGUGGACCUACAACGUGUUCGUCGCGGGGCUCUGCCGCGAGGGCCGCAUUGAGGAGGCCUUCCGCAUGAAGGGCGAGAUGGAGAAGCUCGGUACAGCGCCCCCCGACGUCGUCACCUACAACACGCUGCUGGAUGCGUGCUUCGAGUGGCGGAGCAGCUGCGACGCGUCCAAGGUGCUCGACGAAAUGUGUGAGAGAGGGGUUCGCCCCAACUUGGUCACCCACAACAUCAUGGUGAAAGGGCUCUGCAAGGAAGGGAAAUUGGACGAAGCUUUUGAUUCUCUGAGGAAGAUGGAGGAGGAAGGGGUCUCCCCUGAUCUCAUCACCUACAAUACUUUGAUUAGUGCAUACUCGAAAGCAGGGAAUGUGAGCAAAGCUUUCAGCUUGAUGGAUGAGAUGGUAGGGAGAGGUCUCAAGAUGGAUACUUUCACUCUCAAUGUUGUGCUCUUCAACCUAUGUAAGGAGAAAAGGUUUGAUGAGGCUUGCGAGCUUCUAAGAAGCCCGCCGAAGAGAGGGUUUGUGCCUGAUGAGGUUAGUUAUGGGACAGUGAUUUCCGCGUACUUCAAGGAUGAGAACCCUAAUGAGGCAAUGAAGCUUUGGGAAGAAAUGAACGAGAGGAAGAUAAGGCCGGGGAUUUCGACUUACAAUUCGGUAAUUAGUGGGCUUUGCAAAACGGGAAAGACAGAGGAGGCGAUUCAGAAGUUGAAUGAGCUUAUGGAUGGAGGGCUGGUGCCUGAUGAGACCACGUAUAAUACUAUUAUUCAUGGGUAUUGUAGGGAAGGGGACUUGGAGAAAGCUUUCCAGUUUCAUAACAAGAUGGUGGAGAAUUCCUUCAAGCCCAAUGUUAUUACCUGCAACAUUCUCAUGAAUGGGCUUUGUAAUGGUGGCAAGGUCGAAAAGGCGUUGAAGCUAUUUGAGUCGUGGGUGUCAAAAGGGAAGAAGGUGGAUGUUAUAACCUACAAUACUAUCAUCAAAGGAUUAUGCAAAGAGGGAAAGAUUGAUGAUGCAUUGCGUAUGUUUGCUGAUAUGGAGGAGAAGGGAUUACAUCCUGAUGCUUUUACUUAUAAUGUUGUCUUGUGUGCUCUCUCUGAGGCUGGAAGGUCAGAAGAAGCACAGAAUAUGCUAACAAAGUUGGUUGAAACUGGAAAAUUACCUGAAAAGUUUGUCUUUCCGGAAACAGAAAGAGAUCAAGAAGGGGUGAAAGAUACAAAUGCUGAGGUAGAUUCAAAAGAUGGCAUCUCUGCUAGCUAUACGGAGCGUAUUAAUGAGCUCUGCAGUAGCGGACACUUCAAAGAAGCUAAACUUGUUCUGGAAGAAAUGAUGCAGAAGGGUUUGCCUAUCAAUAGUUCUGCAUACAUUACUUUGAUGGAUGGGUUUAUCAAGAGGCAGAAAAGGAUGACAAAAGGACCUGGAUAGAAAUGUUUCAAUACCUUGUUCCUCCUUGGUUGGUUCUAUGGACUCUGAGGAAAAUGGCUUCUCAAUCGUGAAUAGUGAAAUUUUCAGAUACCUCGAUUGCAAGAGGAGCUGAGAUGAAGUAUAUUCAUGUACAACUUGAGAUAUUGUAUUCUCAAGAAGUUAUAUGCUUCUGGUUUACAGUCCAUUUUUGUGACAGAAUGAUUUGAACUCUGGUGGUUUUUGAUGGAGUUUGUGCAUCAAGAUAGUGGAUUGCGGAACAACUAAAUCUACCAGCUGUCAAAUGCUUUUGGGCUCUGACUUGUUGAUAGAUGGUUUAUCAAAUCUGCUCAUUGUUGUUUAGCAUUUGCAGAUGUGUCACACCUUUGAGCAAUUUUGCUUGAAACGCAUGAGAAAUUUUGGGGUAUUUAUUCUUGACAUACUUGUCUCACAGUUGGUCGAGCAAUCAAAUAAGUCAUAUCUAGUUUUGUACAGUUGUUCAGCACAGCUGCAUGGAUUUUCUGCGAAUAGGAAACAAAUUAUGACAAAUGAGAAUAGAAGGGCUUAAGCACAGUACAGUCAGCAGUCUCUGGAGCUGUGAAGCUUAAAUGCUUAUUUCUUGGAUCUGGAUCAUAUAUUCAUACCGAGUUCCAGAAUCCACUUUCAAGCUCUGCAAUGAGGAAUUCACAGAUGGAUGGCUGAUGAUAAUGUCAUAGUCUCCAUGGAAGAGUUGGGUUUCAAAGUAACCAUUUUUAUCUGUCGAGCCUACUGCUUGUCUAGUCUUCCACUCAGCAAUUAGCUUGUCAACUACAUUUCCAGCGGGCGUGUUCUUGAAGUUGGAGUCCGUCAAGCACAUCUUGUCACACGGUCCUGGAUGCCAGCCCGUCCACAUUACGAUCCCUUGGACAGCCGGGUGAGCGUAAGCUUCUCUCAAGAUUUCUUCCAAAUAUUUUGGCUGUAUUGAGUUUCAUUAUGGAGUUUUGUAUAAUAUCAAUAACAAAUUUGAAGUCUUACCAUUUCUCAGGCAAAAAUUUUAUGGUCACUCUACUAUAGAUGAUUUGGAAACUGGUCCUAACUUCUUAUUUGUGGUUGGCGGUUCUUAAAACUGUUAAAAUUCUGAUGAAUUUUCUGAAAUAAACUUGUUUGUUAAGGUGAUUCAAAUUCACAAAACAAAUAUUCAGAUACAUUGAUACUAAUGACUCUUUUUCGGCAACUACUUAUGCGCAUACCUGAUUUGUAUCGUUUGCGCAAUCCACCUCUGUAAGCCAAAUGGGCACCUUUGCAUUUGCAAGAACAUCAAGAGCCGAUCUCAUAAAAGGAAUAUCCGGUACGCCGAAGUGGCUCUCCAGCCCUAUCGCCAUGUUCGCACUAUUGCCAGGAUAUGACUGUAUCUCCCUUAGCUUCUGAAGGUAGUUACUUGGGCUCGCAACCCAAUCUUGAGGCACCUCAAGUGUAUUAUACUCAUUCAAGAACAUCAUUGUAUUGGCAUCGAGCUUAUGAGCUUCUUGGUAAAAAACCUUUGAUGCAUCUGUUCCGAGUUUAUCUUCAAAGUAUGAGAAAUGGAGGUUCUCAUUUACUACAUCCCAAGCAAUGACCUGGCCUUUGUAUCUCGACAUAAUUGAGUUGAUUCUAUUCCACGUGGCGCUCCAGAGCUGUGUUUUGUUGAGAGAGUUCACCCAUCCCAUUUGGUAUUUUGGGUCAUCCCAGAAGAUGUUGUGCGCUCUGACCAGAAUGUUGUGUUUUUUAGUGAAGGCGAGCAUGGCAUCGGCUUUAGAGUAGUCCUCUUUACCUGGCAUGUACUCUGUGUCAUACCACUUCAUCUCAUUCUCGAAUGUGGUUACAGUGAAGCGAGAGGCGAAGUAGUUCUGGUAUGCUGCAUUGUUGAUGAUGUUCUCAUUGGUAGAUGAGCCGAAGGGAAAUCCCGAUCUGGUUUGUUGGAUCGAGAUGUUUGCUCCAGGUAUGGUGUUUCCUUUGGCAUCUAUGGCUUGAAAUCUCACCGUCUUCUUGCGAACCUUCAUGUGUUAUUUUGAGUUUUUUUAUUUUACUUGUUUUCAUUUGCAUUGAAAGAAAAGAUUUAGAAGGGUUGGAUAUGGUUAUUGUGUUGGCAAAAUGAUAUUAAUCGAGCAGGAAUUGUUACUAACAAGCAGGUACAUUGAACCUGAUUAUUGUUCUUUAUAGUUAGACCUGCUCAAUUUCAAUGCACCUGCUUUAUUCAUGACAAUUACUUCUUUGUUAAUGUUAAUGCGUUUAUUAAGUUGUUUCAGGCCGUAGAAAUUACCUUAUUGAUGCUCUCUUCUUGGUGAGCUCUCCACUGCUCUUCGGUAAAUGGUUGCAAGGAGACACUGUCCACCCAUAUGUCUACUGUUGUGUUUUUGCUCUGCAGUAGUGUAGACGACAUCUAUUCAUUAGUAGUUGUUUUCACAAAAAAUGUUUUGUUUCUGUGGAAAACUUGAUCAGCUGAAAUUGCAGUUGCUUGCUAUUUUUCUUCUUUUUUCUUUUUAAUACUUUGUUAAUAUAGGGGAAAACUUCACAAAGCGCGCUAUGCUAUAGCUCAGUUACAGUUUGCUACCAUGUAGUUCAAAGUGUAGCUGUUGCCUAGGGACCUAAUGCUACUUUAUCAUGCAUGUAGCACUUUAUCAUCUAUGGUGCAUUAAAAAUUACACUUUGUUAAAACCUUUAAUGAUGGGAUGGGUCCUUAUGGAAAACUAUAGCAAAAACCGGGGAAAAAAAUGCUUCACUUUGAACCAUACUGUAGCAGAGCACAAAUACGCUAUUCUGUUGAGGCGCUUUGUGAAGUUUUCCCUUAAUCUAAAGAUUGCUCACCUCGAAAUAUAGUUCUGCUGGUCCUGCAGUCUUUACAGUGAGCCCUCCUUUCAGCAUGGACCAGCAACCUGAUUUGGCUUCGACCAAGCCGGCGUGAACAAAUCCAUCGCUGGUCGUCUUAAAUACAGCUCCGACGACUGCAUUUCCUUUGUUUAUCUGUACCCAAGCUAGAGCACAACGCAAAUACAGCAUCACGGCAAAUGUAUACUUUCUGGGAGACACUCUGAUAAGGUUUUCUUCUGCUGUGGACAAUUGCAAAUCUGUUGCCGCUUGCGGAGGCCCUCGUAGCAUCUGUUGAAAAGCCGAAGUUUGACCAUCCUCUCAGGCCGGCGUUAAACUCGGGAUUGCGGAUGAUCCCCCCGCCAUACUGCGGUUUCAGUGGCUCAGCUAAGCACUGGGUAUGGUAAAAAGAGUUGUUAGUGUGGAAGAUGGUAGUUUGGUAUCGUCCUGUAUAGAAUGUGAGGGGUACAACUUAAUUAUGCCAAAAUGCUGUAGUGCUUCUUAAUUGUGUAAUGAUAAUUUGGAGUUGAUGCAAACUAUGGAGAUAGGAAUGUACUUAGGCUUGACAUUUAUCAAUGGAGAUCAUAAAAAUUCAAUGUCCAGGGAAAUAACAAAUUCCAAGGGAAUAAA